GGGGAAAGGAAAUUGGUUUCGCGCUUAAUCUGGAAAUAAAAGGAGAAGCUCAUUACAUUAAUCCUGUCUGUCAACAUCUUCAAUAAAAUUGAGAGCCCAGGCCCAAUAUUGAGCCCACAUUACUUACGUGCGUACGUGUCACGUGUUGACGGUAAAACCCCAGAAGCGGCUUUGCUCGCCGUGCUGCGCAACCCCAAGCAAAGAGGAGAGAUGAUGAUGAGCUUCCUAAGGAGAUCCAUCGGCAGCCUAUCCAAAUCGAAACUGGCUUCGACCCUCCCUUUUUCCUCCGCUUCACAUCCUUAUGCAAUCCGAAAAUCGUUGAUAACCCUUGCACAAACAGGAGCAUCAAGGCAAGCCAUUCCCGAUUCUGGUCUCAUGAGUGUGGUCUCAAAUGGAGCUAAGGGUCAGCAAAAUAUUAAUGUGAAAUUUCAAAUCCCAGGGUUGUAUUGUGGUUGUUCUGACGAUGAUCUGUUUGCAGGACUGUUGUUUGGCUUUCGGAAUCCGCAACGUAUGGAAUCUUGUCCAGUGAACAUCAGGCCCUCUUGCUUGUUGUCUAGAUCUUUUGCGUCGAAAACUUCUAAAGAACCUGGGAAACAUCACAAUAAGGCUAAGAAAGAGGUGGUGACUGUGGAGGAUCCUUUUGAUUCUCCGACGUACCAUAUCCCGGAGAAGCCUGUAACCUUUACAGAAGGUGCUUCCUAUAGUUUUGUUAUUCUGGCCGGGCUUGCGGUCGCUGGGGCUUCUGGGUACGCUGUCUUUAAAGAGCUCAUAUUUCAACCAAAAGAGUACAAGGUCUUUGACAAAGCGUUGAAGAGAAUUCAAGAUGACGGUCAGGUGAGGGUAAGGAUUGGAUCCCCCAUCACAGGCUACGGGCAAGAAACCAGAAACCGAGCUGCUCGCCAACGUAUACCUAACAGAGUAUUUACAGAUGAAGACGGAGUCGAGCAUGUGGAGGUAAACUUCUUCAUCCGUGGGCCUCACGGAGCCGGGAAAGUGUACACAGAGAUGUUUAAAGACAAGGCAGAUAAGGAAUGGAAAUACACAUACCUGAUCGUAGAGAUUUUAGCUCCCUCCCCAGCCAAACUGAUGCUGGAGUCCUAUUUGCCCGCCUAGACACAACUCUCUUAUAUCUAUUUUAUUGUGAUUCAGUUUGGUCCAGUCAACACUCAUAAAAGGCAUAAAAGGCUUAGAUUGUUUUAUCAGUUAAGGGUUAUUGAGAACAACGAGUGUGACAGUUUUACACUUGUGCUUUACGUUUAUCAUCAACUCUGGGAUCAGACAUC